AUGUCCAACAACGAGAGAACUUUCAUUGCUAUCAAGCCAGAUGGUGUCCAAAGAGGUCUAAUUGGUAAGAUUCUAGGUAGAUUCGAAACCAGAGGUUACAAGUUGGUUGGUAUCAAGCUUAUUCAAGCUGAUCAAAAGUUGUUGGAACAACACUAUGCCGAACACAUCGGUAAGCCAUUCUUUGGUCCAAUGACCGCUUUCAUGAGCUCUGGUCCAAUCUUAGCCACUGUCUGGGAAGGUAAAGAUGCUGUCAAACAAGGUAGAGCUAUGUUGGGUGCCACCAACCCAACCCAGUCUGCUCCAGGUACUAUCAGAGGUGACUUCGGUAUUGACCUAGGUAGAAACGUCUGCCACGGUAGUGACUCUGUCGAAAGUGCUAACCGUGAAAUUGGUAUCUGGUUCAAGAAGGAAGAACUUGUUGAAUGGAAGCCAUCUAACUUAGCCUGGAUCUACGAGUAA